AUGGUGUUUUGUACGGCAUUUGGCUGCAAAAAUAAGUCGGAUCCUACGAAGAAUGUUAGCUUCCAUAAGCUACCCUUGAACCGACCUGUUCUAUUGAAGAAGUGGUUAGUGAACAUGAGACGGGAUAACCCCGUUGUAUCUAAGCAUGUUGCCGUGUGCUCCGAUCAUUUUAAGCCUAGCUGUUUUAAAAGAGAUUUAAUAGGGGAACUAACUGGUAAACCUUCUAGGCGAAGACAGUUGGUUGACGAUGCUGUGCCUACAUUGUUUUCGUUUAACACAACCAUGACUAGGCCUUCUUGUAGCAAUGAGGAAAGCGUAAUGAUUCGUAAAAGGAAGAGGAGAGUUUCGUCCGAAAAUCGUAUUGCUAGAAAGCAACGCGAAGAGACUGACCUCAGUGACACUCUAGCAGACCCUGGUAUUAAGAUGCAACCCAUAUGCUAA